AAUUCUUCUUCGAGAAUUCUCGAAUCAUUGACGUUCUGGAUAAUAUUAUUUUCUGCGUUUCUGGCGUGCGUGCAACACUGGAUAUUUCAAUUGUUAUUUCUCUCACUCUUCCAUUUAUUCACAAACAAAUCCGUGAAAUAAGAAUUCGAAAAAUAAAUAAUAUAUAGUUUCACCAUCAAAGUGUCAGUUAUAUAGAAGAAGCGAAUCGAAUAAACGAGAAAAAUGACGGAAACAGAAAAUAUUUUCAUCUUUGUACCCAACAUUAUUGGAUAUGGAAGAGUGAUAUUGGCCCUAAUAUCAUUUUAUUUUAUGCCAACACAUCAUGUUAUUGCAUCGUGGUGUUAUAUUACAAGUGCAUUAUUGGAUGCAUUCGAUGGACAUGCAGCUAGAUAUUUUAAUCAAAGUACAAAAUUUGGAGCAAUAUUGGAUCAAUUGACAGAUCGUUGUGGAACAAUGUGUUUAUUAGUUACAUUAAGUCAUUUUUAUCCAGCCUAUACAUUUUGGUUUCAAUUAAGUAUGGCCAUCGAUAUUUCAUGUCACUGGAUUUUUUUACACGCAUCAUUGCUUCAAGGGAAAACGAGUCACAAAUUUAUUGACAUGUCCGAUAAUCCAAUAAUGCGAGUUUACUACACAAAUCGAACAGUAUUGUUUUUUAUGUGCGCAGGAAAUGAGGCAUUUUAUGCUGCUUUGUACCUUUUGCAUUUCACCGAAGGACCCAUACUGGCCGGAAUAAGUUUGUUCAGGGCAAUUCUUUUGCUCUCAGCUCCUGUGGCACUUGUAAAAACAAUUCUAUCUCUAAUUCAUGGUUAUGUGGCGUGCAUUAAUAUUGGAAUAAUCGACGUUAAAGAACGCGAACAACAGCGAAAAGUCAAAUAAAAAAAAAAAAAAAACAAAACAAAAAAUAAUAAUAAAUUUCUUAAAUGAAAUUAAUUAUUUAUUUAUAAAAAUCUCUAAAAAAACAAACAAAAAAACUAGUCAGCAUACAUGUGAUGAUAUGAAGAAAAUCAGUUCUUCCCGUAUAUAUAUAUAUGUUUAAAUAUUCACGUAACGAGAUAUAUAUAUAUUUUUUUCUUCCAGAAAUGAACAAAAAAUUUGAUUUAUUUACAAACUUUCACCGUCAAGUAAAAAAGUUCAAGUAUCAAAAAAAAAAA